GGCAGCACCAUCUUGUUUUUGGCUUCUGAGCAUGUACAGAACAAUUUUUAUUGCACUGUGCAUGCAUGUGCAUUGUGCAUCAAGUGCACGCGCGCAGCGUGCCCACGAGCGAAUCGGCAGUAGUGACUGCUGGAACCCACCCCUGCUGUGAACCCACGCACACUGUCUGCAACCUGCACUCUCCCUGACCUGCAAUGCAUCUUUGAGCAUUGCACUCUCUCUGACCCUCGUUGUACUACUCAGGCACCCUCCCUGUUCUGUGCCAUGUCACUCGCACCCCCCCAAUCCUAACCACAUUCUUAUUCAUCCCCUUAUGACCUCCCUUACCUGGCAGCAGCCACUUACCUGCACACUGGCCUCCAAUCUGCAACUGCCUGAUAGCUUUCCCUUUGAUUUUGCUUGCAGAAAGCUGGCAGGAAACAUCAGCAGUCAUGAUCAAAUUUACAUUUCCUGGCAGUUCGACCAUCGACUUGAGGAAAGUUGGCAGGAAAUAAUCAUGGCUUGUCUGCAACUAAUCAUGGCAGUGUGGCAGCAUUUGAAGCAGCCACAACUUUGUGAAAUUUCAGUCUGAGAGAGGACCCCAAGCAGUUGUUAUCUUGCAUAGAUUUCAGAUACAUUACUGAUGCAUUAACAGAAGAAGAAGCUUUUUCGAUUCUUCAGAGUGGUUUGGCAGGAAAAAAGAACGGGAAGAACAAAUGUUAAAACAUGGCUACCCAGCUUAUACCACAUCAUGUGCCUGGUUAGGUUAUCCAGACCAUUGCCUAAAGCAGCUAUGCACUGAAGCUCUCAAGGAUGGAUGGACCAGGUUCAAAGUGAAAGUCGGAAAAGAUCUCCAGGAUGACAUUCGGAGAUGCAAACUUGUUAGAGAAAUGAUUGGUCCUGAAAAUAUACUGUUGUUGGAUGCCAACCAAAGAUGGGAGGUGGAAGAAGCCAUAGACUGGGUCACUGAACUAGCUGAGUUCAAACCACUGUGGAUUGAGGAACCAACUUCUCCUGAUGAUGUUCUAGGACAUGCAACAAUUGCUAAGGCAUUAGCACCAUUAGGGAUUGGUGUUGCAACAGGAGAACAAUGCCAUAACAGAGUGAUGUUCAAGCAGUUCCUACAGGCUCAGAGUCUGAGUUACCUCCAGGUGGACAGUUGUAGGCUUGGAAGUGUCAAUGAAAACUUGUCUGUAUUGCUGAUGGCCAAGAAGUUUCAAAUUCCAGUAUGUCCUCAUGCAGGAGGGGUCGGACUUUGUGAGUUGGUCCAGCACUUAAUAAUAUUUGACUACAUUUCAGUGUCUGGCAGCCUUGAAAAGAGGAUGUGUGAAUAUGUAGACCACUUGCAUGAACACUUCAAGUCUCCUGUAGUAAUCAUGAAUGCAUCUUACAUGCCACCCCAGGACGCUGGAUAUUCCUCUGAAAUGAAAGAAGAUUCUGUAAAGAAAUACCUGUUUCCACAAGGAGAAAUCUGGCAGAAAUUCUUGUGUUCAUAAUGCAACGUAAAACAAGUUCAUAUUCAAUUUUUCCCCAAAUUAAGAUAAAAUUCAGCUAUUUUUUACAUUGAUGAUGUAUCAAGAUGCAGGAGUCAAAUAAGUGCUUUUAGAAAGCUUCCUCUGUUGACACAAAACAAAAAUAAAUUGUAUUGCCAAUGAAUGUCCUUGAUUAGUUUAAAAAUAGGAGGCUUUUAAUAGCUAAGUUUAAAGAAGUUAGAUGAUUCAUUUAUCUUCAAACUAUUCCAGAACUACAGGAUUAUGUAAUGGAAGAAAUUGCAUUUUAAAAUGUAUCUGCCAAGACUAAAUGUUCCAAGUAAAGUUUAACUGCAUGCCGUGAUGCAAUGUUUUCUAAGGUGGCUGUUCCUUAUAGAAAAUAAAAGUUAAAAGCCUGAAUCUAGAUAUUUAAAUUCUGGUGAAUAUUUAGCAUAGAAUAGCAAUUGGACCAACAGUUUGGACAGAUAACAGUGUUGGCAGAUUGUAGUCAUUAAAACAUACAUCAAUUUUUUGAAGACAAGUGAAAUCAACUUAUCCUAGUCAGGAAAGCUUUUGAGGCUUUAAUGGGAGUAUCAGGGACUGAUGAUGAGCUAGAUUUUGAACUAAAGGGCACACUUGUAACUUGAAUUCUUUCAUAAAAUGGCUCUGCUGGAAAGGCAUGUUGUUCUUGGUGGCGUGAUCAGUAGCAGAAAUACCUAAUUUCCUGAUAUUGGAUUGUUGGCUCUACCUAUUUUAUCACCCAAAUUUAUCUAUUCUAGGCCAGAGAGUUCUUAAUAGAGAAUAUUUCUAUACACUUGAAGAGUAUAGCUCAUUAACAGAAUCGUGUUAUUCUUAUAAACUUGCUGUAUUUGAAGUUAAAAAAUAUUAGGAUAUUAAUGUCAAGACAUGAUAAUAUUCCAGCUUUCU